ACGCGCGCGCGCAGUGCCGCUGUCGACCGCACGUGCUCGGCGAGCGCUGCGACCGCUGCGAUCUGCCCAGGCACUACCUCGACGAGGACGGAUGCAAACCUUGCGAUAACUGCACACAGACCCUGCUGGAGGACGUGUCCCGGCUGGGCGGCUCGCUGGCCGCGCGCGCAGACCUCACCGAGCUCAGCAGGAUCCCGCAGCCAUUCCCCGCUCUCCGAGAAUUCGCUCACAAUGCAACUUCGCUACGCAACUCUCUGUAUGAGGUCAAGAAAGAUAAAGAACGUUCUAGAAACUUUGAAAAUUGGAUCAGUGAAAUGGAGAGAACAGAACACGACGCGAUCACAAUGGCCAACAGAGUGCAUUUGGAAGCUAGUAAAAGGGAAAAGGAAACACAAUACAUUAGUUUGGAGAGCAUGAGCUGGCUGGAGGAGGUCCUGAAGCAGCGGAGGCUCCUGGCCGAGCAGGUCGCGGCACUUGACGACUUCGCCCGGGGGGAGAAACAUCUGAGCGCUCACAGAGCUAUCAAAGAAGCGAGACAUCUGCUAAAGAAUAUAAGGGAAAUAACACUUUCCGAUUUCAUGACCGGAGCUAGUGAUGUUUCCGACUCGGCUAAUCUGCAGUCGACGUCGGUGCAAGAGUACGCAUACCGCAUCGAGGACACGUGGCGGCGCGUGCGGCGGCUGCGCGCGGCGCUAGAGCAGUGGGAGCGGCGCGCGGAGGACCUGCCGCGGCUGGCUGACGCCGUCUUCUCCGCGGGGGACGGCGUUGCCGAGCUGAGGAAGAGAGUUGUCCCAAAGCUCGCUCAUAUUAGAGACGUCGGUUUGCGGUGUCGUAUCAUAUUAGAAGAUAUAUCGAACCUCUCGACGGAUAACAUGACCGAUGAGACUCAAUCAUUGUUGCUGCAAACCCACAACCUGGCCGUGGGAUUCCCCGGCCUGCUGCGGCAGUUGACGGCCCUGACUGCGGCCGCGGAGGAGAAGGAGGGCAUUCUUUACAGCCUUACGCCCGCCUACAAGGAGAAGUACUUGCAGCCGGUCGAGAAACAUGCCGCCGAAUUGAAGAAGAAAGCCAAAGAAUACAAAAAUUUAUUCGCAGGCACGCGCGCGCUGGCGGCGGGCGGCGUGCAGCUGGAGGCGCUCCACAACGUGCUGCUCGACUCGUGCCCGGUGCCCACGUGA